CUUCAGUUGGAAUUUUUUUUUGUCUCCUCGUGUGAGUUUUUCUAUUGUUUUUUCAUUAGUUUUUUUUGGUUAUUCUUUUCUUUUUAUUAUGGAAUCGUGUGUAGAAAAGGAGCAAGCUAAACUUCCCCAGGAAAUUUCUUUAAUCUCUUUAAUUCAAUCGCGAUAUUCUGAGAUAAAACAAAUUAUCAAUGAGUUUAAAACGACUUCUCCAAAAUUGGCUUCUCAAAAGCUUCCCAUCCAUAUGAGAAGACGAGCUGCAAGUCAUAAUGUUAAACGUUUACCAUCAAAGACUCGGUUAAUUGUGGAAAGGAAGAGUAAAGGGAAAGAAUUAACUUCCGAUUCGAAAGAGAAAAAACGUAAACAAAAGAGAAAAUAUCAAAAUGGUAAAAAAGUGAAUCUAAGUCAUGCUGUUAGAGAGGCGAAAUGUGAUCGCUCAUUGUUACAUUUGUGGUUCGUCAAGAGAUUUAAAAUGAUUAACUUAUUCAAUCAACUUGUUCCAAAUUACAAUACAACCAAAAAUCUACGAAAAUUACAUCGAAUGUCAAAAAAAGGAUGUAUUCAUUUCUAUUUUCCUUAUUACAAAAGUAUCAUCGUUCGAAUUGACGAUAUUGAUCUGGUCUCUAAGAAAUUGGGUCAAUUCACAAAGUCCAAUUUUGAUUCAUUCUUUUCCGGUCCUGUUGCCUUAGGAUUCACCUCGAAAUGGGUACAAUUUUUCAAAGAUUCCGAUUCUCAGAGUCAAAUCAUGGGACCAGGAUAUCUAAUUUUCGAUAAGAAAAAUAACAUCCUCAUCAUUUGGUGUCACACUUUGAUUCACAGCGAGAUAUCGAAUAAGUUAUUUUUCAUUUGCGGUGGUAAAGUUUCUGACGAUGAAAAGAUUUACCAACUUUUCAGUUUGAUUGGAUCUGAGAGUUUACAUCAUUUGAAAAAAACUCUUGGUGAUUGUGGAUCAUUUUUACCCGAUAACUUUCAGGAUGGAAACAUUUUAACAAUCGAAGGUGACAAAAUUCUCAAUGAACCGAUCGGAGAAAAAUCUUCACAGCCUCACAGAAGAAUAGAAAUUAGUCAAGAUAACAAUGAAAAUUUAACUUCUUUAAUCAUUCAUAUGGUCAAAAUGAAUAAUAGAGAAUUGAUCUUUCUAUCAACACCAUAUCCAAAAGCCAAAGACUUUUGGUAUAAAUUAGUUAAGAAUCGGACUCAUCUAGUUGGUGGACUUCGUGAUAUCAAACUACUGACCAGUGAAAUGAGAUGUCUUAAUUAUCCAUCAAUUGGUUAUCCUGAUCUUGAUUUUCCAUCAAAUCCACGCCGUGAAAUCUGGAGACAAAUAAUGGGCUACAAAACGAAUUAUUUUUUACUUAGAAAUCAGAUGAUCAUAAGUAAACUAAAAUAUCCCAAAUUUGAUAAUUGUCUAAUUGAAAAUGUACUCAAAUCAAAUGCUGACCUGAAAGAUUCAUUAGUCUACGUUGAACUAAUUUGCAUUAAUCGAGGAACACCCGAGACUGGAGAUAUUAUCUGUAUUCCAACAGAAGAUGAUAUGAAAAAAUAUUUAGGCCGUUCAAAGGUUGACAUUAAAAUAGACGAGAUUGGAUAUGGUCCAGUUGAAAGUAUAAAAAUUUCGACAAUAAAAAAUGUCCAACAAUCAAGUCGCCAAGUAAUUGGAAUAGUUGAAUUUGGAUAUUUUUCACUUGAUCUUGGAACUGGAAAAGGUUUUGGUUCAAUAAGAUUACAAAGUCUAGACGAUUUAAUCAAAUUAAAUAGCGAAAACAAGUUGAUCGCACUGAUCAGGUCAAGUAAAUCGAAUACAUUUCGCUUCGUCCAGAUUAUUAUCGAUAAUUUUAAACUUUUUUAAACUUUUUUCUUUUCGUCAUAUUUUCUCUCUCUCUCUUCUCUUUCUUCUCUCUUGUCUCUCUUUCUGUUUUCGCUAAUAAAAUGCUACAAAUGCAAUACAAUUCCCAUUCAAAGCUCCCUCACUUCGAAGUUGAUCUCCCUCACCAUUCAGUUGUUCUCGUCUCUCGUCAGACGCAAACCAAUAAAAGAGAAAGGGGUGUGAACCAGUAGAUGGCGCAAGAAAAGAAACAGUUCAAUGUUAUAUGAAUACGAAGGGGAGAUGAUAAAGUUUGAGAACCAAAGGCUUCCCCUUUUCAAUUAAGCGGGUUUUCAACUUGGAGAAGGUCUGAUUUUACUUUUCGAGUGAGAAAGAUGAACAUAGUCAACGAUCAGUUUUCUUUCUGUGUCUCUAAGUCAAUCGAACAACCUUAUAAACAGUUCAAAUGUUCAACUGUCCACACAUUCAACUUGUACGAUUUUCCAAUAAUUUUACAUUUGUAAUUUUCUUCGUAUUUCCAAUUGUGUAAAACAAAUUUUCUUCUAUUACUAUUCUUUUCAAAUUUCUAAUUAAUAUCGUUUUCUCCUAAUUAAUUAUCUGUGAUUCACUUUGCAAUUUGUACAAUCACAACAACAAAAACAAUAUCUCUCUGUCUCUCUCUCUCAGUAAACUCUUUUUACCCUUUGA